CGAGCUGUCGAAAAAAAACCAGUGGAGCGGCGCGAGGCGGCUCAAAACAACGUGUUCGUAAAGCAUCGCUGCAUAAGUCGCGGUAGCUGUCAAAAUUUGCAGAUCUGCGGCCAGUAAACGCCUGCACAGACCCCCACCCUGCAGUGGCCUCGGCACCACAGACGGUAGUGGUGCAAGAACGCCAAAAAAAUGGCCGCACGACGAACGGCCAUCGUCUUCGGCGCCAACACCGAGGUCGGCAAGACGUUGUGCUCCGCUGCACUCAUAAAAGCGGGCCUCCGGAGGUUCGGCCGCGCGGCGUACCUGAAGCCCCUGCAGACGGGCGUCGACGACGACCACGCCGGCGACGCAGCUUUGGUCAAACGCUACGCCGCCGCCGGCCUCGGCCGCUGCGACACGCUGCACGCGUGGCGGGCGUACGCGAGCCCGCACGUCGCCGCGCGGCAGGAAGGUGGACAAAUACCGAGCGACGCGGAGCUCGCCCGAGCCGUUUCAGGGUGGAUGCGCGCGGGCGACGAGCCCUUCGGCGUCGUCGAGACCGCCGGCGGCUGCCUGUCGCCGACGGCGACGGGGCGGCCCCAGGCCGACGCCUACGCGGGGCUGGACGUGCCGGCUUUAUUAGUAGGCGACGCGCGGCUCGGCGGCAUUUCUUGUUCGUUAUGCGCCUGGGAGGCGCUCGUGCGGCGGGGCUUCGACGUGCGCUCUAUAAUUUUUGUCGGCGACGACGCGGCGCUCGGGAACGCGGAGGCGGUGCGCGCCGUGACGGGGCUCGGCGACGGCGUCUUGUCUACGGUGGCGCCGCCGCCGCUGCCCGAGCCGCUCGGCGGCUGGCUGAGCGAGACGGCGGAGUGCUUCGACGCGGUCUGCGCUAGUGUGUUGUAA